AACUGCAGCAAGCAAGCGCGGGGGCCGGCGGGCAACUAGGAGAGCCUCCUGGGCAGAGUGCAGGAGUGAGAAAGAAGAGAGGGAGGGAGGUGGCGGGCCUGCGACGAGGAGAGGCGUGGAGCGGACACUUGGGGAGGAGGAGCUCGACUCCGCGGCCGGAGAAAGACCUGCGAGGCACCCGCGCAGCGGAGGAUCACCUCUGCGCGCUGAGCAUGAGUGGGCGGUCGGCUGGAGUGCGACCCGGGGAGACUGGCUGUGCGCCGCGCUGAACGGCGGAGCCCGGCCGGGGCGACGGGCGGGUAGCCCAUGCUAGGGCGGCCCGCAGGGCAUAGCGCCAUGGGGAGCCCCCGCGUGGCGUUGCUGAUGCUGCUCUUGCGCCCGAUCAAGCUGCUAAGGAGGCGCUUCCGGCUGCUGCUGCUGCUGGCCGUGGUCUCGGUGGGACUCUGGACUCUGUAUCUGGAGCUGGUAGCGUCGGCCCAGGUCGGCGGGAACCCCCUGAACCACAGGUACAGCAGCUGGCGAGAACUGGCCAAGGCCCUCGCCAGCAGGAACAUCCCUGCCGUCGAUCCGAAUCUCCAAUUCUACCGUCCCCAGCAGCCGAGCCUCAAGGAUCAAGGAAUCGCCCGAAGUAGAAGUAGGAACAGCAGCUACUUGAAGUGGAACAAGCCCGUCCCCUGGCUCUCAGAGUUCCAGGGCCACGCCAACCUGCACGUGUUUGAAGACUGGUGUGGCAGCUCCAUCCAACAGCUCAGGAGCAACCUGCACUUCCCGCUGUACCCCCAUAUCCGCACAACCCUGAGGAAGCUGGCUGUGUCCCCCAAGUGGACCAACUAUGGCCUCCGCAUAUUUGGCUACCUACACCCUUUUACCGAUGGGAAAAUCCAGUUUGCCAUCGCUGCUGACGACAACGCUGAAUUCUGGCUGAGUCGUGAUGACCAGGUCUCGGGCCUUCAGCUGCUGGCCAGUGUGGGCAAGACAGGAAAGGAAUGGACAGCCCCUGGAGAGUUUGGGAAAUUUCAGAGUCAAAUUUCCAAGCCAGUGAGUUUAUCAGCCUCUCUCAGGUACUACUUUGAGGUGCUUCACAAGCAGAACGAUGAGGGCACUGACCACGUGGAGGUCGCAUGGAGACGGAAUGACCCUGGAGCCAUGUUCACCAUCAUUGACUCCCCCUACUUAUCUCUCUUUACCAAUGAAACCAUCUUAAGGAUGGAUGAGGUAGGCCAUAUCCCGCAGACAGCAGCCAGCCACGUGGGCUCCCCCAACUCUCCUCCCCAGGAUGAGCAGCCCCCUGCUGACAUGCUUCGACCUGACCCUCGGGACACCCUCUAUCGAGUGCCUCUGAUCCCCAAGUCCCAUCUGCGUCAUGUUCUGCCUGAUUGUCCCUACAAACCCAGCUACCUGGUGGAUGGGCUCCCGCUUCAGCGCUACCAGGGCCUCCGCUUUGUUCACCUGUCCUUUGUUUAUCCCAAUGACUACACCCGCCUGAGCCACAUGGAGACCCAUAAUAAAUGCUUCUACCAAGAAAGUGCCUAUGAUCAGGACAGGUCCGGCUUCCAGGAGUACAUCAAAAUGGACACGCCAGGCAAGCAGGGCCCGGAGCAGCCAGGUUUGGAGGACGGCCUUCUAGAAGAAUCCCAAUACGAAGAAGCACCAGGGGAAAUCCCCACCUCUCGAGACCGGAAUGCUGGGACACAAGGGAGAAAACAAAAGACGACUUCCGCCCCAGGGCUGGGUGUCACUGACUACCACCUGCGGAAGCUCCUGGCUCGCACACAGAAUGGUCCAUUGGCACCCCUUUCCAAACAGAACUCUACAGCCACCUUUCCAAGCAGGACAAAGGACAACCCAGUCCGGCAGCCAGAGAAAAGGACAGGGAAAACUAGCCCUAUGCCCAGUCGAGAUUUAGGUGACAAGGUGGCCCGGAGGAACCUGCCUGUCAUCCAGAGAGCCAGACCCACUGGUGACGGCCCUGGGAAGACUCUUGAGCAGUCCCAGUGGCUGAAUCAAGUGGAAUCCUUCAUAGCUGAGCAGAGACGGGGAGACAGGAUGGAGCCUCCGACCCCCAGCAGGGGCUGGCAUGCGCAGGAGGACGUGGUCAUAGCAGCGGACCAGGAAGGAGAAGUGGAGGAGGAGGAGGAAGGGGAAGACGAAGAAGAAGAUAUGAAUGAGGUGUUCGAAUAUGUGCCUGUGUUUGACCCAGUAGUGAACUGGGGCCAGACCUUCAGCGCUCAGAACCUCGACUUCCAAGCCCUGAGGACCGACUGGAUCGACCUGAACUGUAACACAUCGGGCAACCUGCUGCUUCCGGAGCAGGAGGCCCUGGAGGUCACACGGGUCUUCCUGAGAAAGCUCAGCCAGAGGACCCGGGGGAGAUACCAGCUGCAGCGCAUUGUGAAUGUGGAGAAACGCCAGGACCGGCUGCGUGGAGGGCGCUACCUCCUGGAGCUUGAACUGCUGGAAGGCCAACGCCUGGUGAGGCUCUCAGAGUAUGUGUCCACUCGAGGCUGGCGGGGAGGUGACCCUGCUGGCCGGGAGGACACAGAAGCUCGGAACCUGCAGGGCCUGGUCUGGAGCCCACGCAGCCAUCAUAGACAAGUCUCAAAUGCUCAGGAUCCAGAGCCCAAGCUAUGUUGGCCCCAAGGUUUCUCCUGGAACCAUCGAGCUGUGGUCCACUUUAUUGUGCCUGUAAAGAACCAGGCUCGCUGGGUGCAGCAGUUCAUCAGAGACAUGGAGAGCCUGUCCCAAGUCACUGGAGACUCACGUUUCAGCGUCAUUGUCACAGACUAUAGCAGUGAGGACAUGAAUGUGGAGAUGGCUCUGAAGAGGUCCAGACUGCGGAGCUACCAGUACCUGAAACUGAAUGGAAACUUUGAGCGCUCUGCUGGACUACAGGCUGGCAUAGACCUGGUGAAGGAUCCGCACAGCAUCAUCUUUCUCUGUGACCUGCACAUCCACUUCCCAGCAGGAAUCAUUGAUACCAUCCGGAAGCACUGUGUGGAGGGCAAGAUGGCCUUUGCCCCCAUGGUGAUGCGGCUGCACUGUGGGGCCACCCCACAGUGGCCUGAGGGCUACUGGGAAGUAAACGGAUUUGGCCUCCUCGGCAUCUACAAGUCAGACCUGGACAAGAUCGGGGGCAUGAACACCAAGGAGUUCAGAGACCGCUGGGGAGGGGAAGACUGGGAGCUGCUGGACAGGAUUCUCCAAGCGGGCCUGGAAGUGGAGCGGCUCUCCCUCAGGAACUUCUUCCAUCACUUCCAUUCCAAGCGAGGCAUGUGGAACCGUCGUCAAAUGAAGAUGCCGUGACCUGGGGGCCAGCGCUUAUAGCUCCUUGACUUGCCGUUGACCCCAGUGCCCUGUUCGCUGCUGAGGAGGGACUCUGAGGAACUGAAGCCUCAGCCCUAAUUGCUCUCUCUAGCGGGAGCUGUCUCUUCGUGCAGGGACGAGGGAGCGCCGAGGCUCCUCUGAGGCUCACUGAGUUGACAGUUGACAGACGGAAAGGAUGGGCAGUGAGGGCAGGAGGACGACGCCUGCUUGGGUAGACUUCAAAGGUGCAUUCCCACAGCCCGGCACUCCUCACAGGGAGUGGUGGCUGUGAACCGGGAACUUAAAUGGGACAGAUUUUAUUUGGGGUGGAGGGUGGGGGAAAGGUGGGUAAAUUUUUUUUAACAGAGAAUGAAGACUUCUAUCUAGACCCAGCAUCGUCUGGGGUGAAACUGUGCAUUGCAGACCUCAAGCCUACCCUGAGGUGCUGGUCCCAUGCAGAGUACUUCCAGCUCCAGGCCCAGCCUGUGCCUUCUAAACCUGCACAUCUCUCCUGGUGUCUACCGAAUGGCUGGCCUUAACCCAAUCGGGCCAUUAACCCGACUCGGACAGACAGCGAGCUCCCUAGACUGGAAACCAACACUGAUGGCAUCUUCCUACUGCGCUGGGGUGUCAGGCGGGAAUGGGUGGGCAGUGGGCCCAUUCUCCUGAGUGUCUGACACGAGCUGUGUAGGACAGCAAGGUCAAGCAGGUAGAGAAGCGUCCCUUCUCCUUGGCUCUCCCGCCAGGUAAGGCCUGGAGAGAAUGGGAAGGUGUCACCUAAGCUGACAUGAGUAGCCUCUCAAUUACUUAAGGGAGACUUAGGGGUGGACUCAAGCAGUAGAGAGAGUCAAAAAGGAAAGGACAUCUGUACUGCAAGCCUCGUGCACUCCUGCAGAGGGAGCCCAACCUCCCUCCCUCCCUCCCUGAGGAGAUGAGGUAAAACCUGGCCCUCAGGAAAAGGGCAGGGUCAGAGAUGGGGAGGAAGAACUGGAAAAUGGCUAAGUUUCAAGGAGAGCAGCCUGUACCCUCUGUCCCUCUGCUGUCACAUACUUACCUGUGCUGAUAACCCCAGUGCUCUCUGGCUGGGGACUUGCUGCUGCUGCUGCUGCUGCUGCUGCUGCUGCUGCUGCUGCUGCUGCUGCUGCUGCUGCUGCUGCUGCUGCUGCUGCUUCACCGGUGGUGCAUUGGAUGCUGGGUAUUGAACUCAGUCUGUGAAGGGGGGUUUGGGGGAAGGGGGUUGGGACACCACCUUUCUGCUGUGAGAAAUGGCUUGUGGGUAUGCAGCAGGGCCACUCCAGAACCUGACUACUGUGCUGUGAAUUAAGAGUGCAGCACUUGGAGCUGCAGGACCCACGUGGCAGGCUCUGAGUGCCAGGAACAGAGCUUGGCACAUCCAAGGUGGGGCCCUCUGGGAAGCCACUGGGCCUUUCUCUUAAGCUAUCAGAAGGGCAGGGUGGUUCUGUUUAUGGGCUGUGGCUUUUUCUCACCCCUGCUCAGGCCCUCUGCCCUUUAGAAAAGGCACAGGAAGUAGGCUAGGGCUGCAUUUGAACAGCUGGAGUGCCAGGCUUCUCCCUAAAGACAUGAACUUUGGGCCUUGUGCUAGAAGCCACAGCCGAUGGCAGCAGCCCUCCCAUUCUGUUCCUGAGGACUAGGAUCUCCCUGGGCCUCCCCAGCCCUGCUCACCCCCUCCCAGGUCCAGUGCCUUGCAUUUGAUGUCUGUUACCUCCUCACCAUCUGCCUUAAGGGAAAGGAAAGGGCCGUGGGUGGGGAGAGGGAGGAGGGUAUUAAAGUCAGCAUCUUAGAAAACAAAUGGCUGUUUUCUUCUUGCCCAAUUGAGGUAGGAAAGGGUUAGGUGGGAGAGCCAGGGGUGUCCCUAAGCCAUUUGUGUCCCUCAGCUGUCUGAUCGGUGACAGGCUAAGGACCAUCCCUUGCCUUCUGCCUUGACUCCUGGUUUGUUGCUUGCCAGCAGAAGAGACAAGCUUUCUCUGCUGCCCUUGGGAAGGACACAGCAGUGUCCUGACCAUGUCAAUGAGUCUCAGAAGACCAGGUUUAGUUCUGAGGUUGUGAUCUCAGCUAGAAAACUCCCCCAAGACACCCCCACUGAGGAAGGUGAGCUAGAAAAGUGCAGCUGUAACCCCAACACUUGGAAAGCUAACAGGAAGAUCAGGAGAGCAAGGCUAGCCUAGGCGACUUGGCAAGAAACUGUCAAAGUGAAUAGAUAAACAUUAGAAAAUCUUUCCUGUGUGAAUUGAAGAAGCCCUACUAAGGCUUCAGAAGUGUGGGUUGGCCUUCCCAGUUAUGUUUGAACUAGGCAAAAUUUUUCAAGAUUUUAUUUUAUGUGUGUGGGUGUUGUGCCUGCAUGCCUCUGUACUACCUGUGUGCCUGGUGUCCAAAGAGGCCAGAAGAGGGCGUUAGAUUUCCUGGAACUGGAGUUCAUGUAGUUCAGGUGGUUGUAGGUCACCAGGUAGGUGCUGGAAAUUGAACCCAGAAUUUCUGGCAGAGUAGCCGGUGCUCUUAACCGCUCAGCCGCCUCUCUACUCCUUCCGCGCCCCUCCCCUUUUCUUAAAUGUUUUUAGCUGGGUUUAGUGGUGUAUGCCUUUAAUCUCAGCACUCCAGGGGCAGAGGCAGGCAGGUUUGAACCCAGCCUGAUCUACAUAGUGAAAUCCAGGCCAACCAGAAUUGCAGGGUGUGACCCUGUCUCAAAAAAAAAAAAAAAAAAAAAAAAACCCAAAAACUUAAAUGUAUUCAUUUAGAGUGUGUGUGGUAUAUGCUUGCCACAGUGCACACUGGAGGUCAGAGGGCAGCUUUCAGUGAUUGGUUCUUGUCCCUCCUCACCAUGUGGGGUGCCUCAGGCUUGGCCACAAGGGCCUUUGCUCACUAACCUUCCCACCAGCAGAAAAUCUGUAUUUUUGUUGUUGUUAAGAUUUAUGUUUUUCGGAGCUGGAAAGAUGGCUCAGUGGCCAAGAUCAACAACUCUUCCAGAGAACCCAGGCUCAGUCCUCAGCACCCACAUGGUGGCUCACAAUUGUCUGUAACUCCAGUUCUAGGAGACCUGACACCUUUACACAGACAUACAUGCAAGCAAAACACCAAUGCACAUAAAAUGAAAAUAAAUUAUUUUUAAAGAGA